GGCCCUGGAGCUCAACUCUGCACCUCACAGUGGAGUAAAGAGCAGCACGCUCAGUCACACUCAGAGUCAACCUCAGUGGAGAGAAAUUUCCCCCCACCCCACUUUUUCUGUUGGACUCCUUUUGAGAUUUUGAACCCCCAUUUUUCCAAGGAAUCGGUGGCGCUCUCUGAAUGAGCCGCAGUCCUGAGUCUGCUUCACAGAGCCAGUCUAAGGGGAACAGGUCAAAGGGCUCCAGGUUGGCCCUGAGUGCAGCUCUAGGGUCAAUUUCAUUUGCCCUGUUUGAGAUCUGCCUGCAACCAUGACAACCAAAACCAACAGUAGCGUUCUGGCUGGCAAAGUAUCCUCCUACCCCCUGUUGUCUUCUCCUGCUCGUCAACGUCUAGUCACCAAAGAUGGACACUGUACGCUUAAUGCCCCUGCCUGCCCCUCAGACUCGUGGCGCAGGAGCUGGGGCAGAGUCUGGCUGCUGGCGCUGCAGGAUUUGUGGGGACUAUUGGUGAGUCUGCGCUGGAGAUGGGUACUCCUCGCCUUCUGUGCAUCCUUCAUUGCCCACUGGCUGUUGUUUGCCUGCUUGUGGUACUUGCUGGCCCAUCUCAAUGGAGACCUUGCUGUGAAAAAUCAUGAUGACCCCCCACAGGAUCACGUGGUUUGCGUGAAACAUAUUACAAGUUUCACUGCUGCCUUCUCCUUCUCUCUUGAGACCCAGCUGACCAUUGGCUAUGGCACCAUGUUCCCCAGUGGAGACUGUCCCAGUGCUAUAGCACUGCUGGCUGUGCAGAUGCUGCUGGGGCUUAUGCUGGAGGCCUUCAUCACAGGUGCAUUUGUAGCCAAGAUUGCUCGUCCUCAGAAGAGAGCAGGAGCCAUCGAGUUCAGUCCACAGGCAGUAGUGGGCCAACACCAGGGCCAGACCUGCCUCAUGAUACGAGUCACUAAUCUUAUUCAGCGACCUCUGGUGGACGUGAAGGUGAGUGCAGUUCUCUAUGAGGAACAGGAAGGCCAGGCUCUGUACCAGAUCUCACUGGACUUCCACUUGGACCAUUUAGGCCAACAGCCAUGCCCCUUCUUUAUUUUCCCGCUUACUUUUUACCACCGACUAGACCGCCAGAGCCCUCUCUACCCUGCUCUUUGCGAAGGCACAUCCAAACACUUUGAGCUGGUCGUUUUCCUAACAGCAUUGCAAGAGGGAACUGGUGACUCCUGCCAGAAGAAAACCUCUUACUUACGCCAAGAAAUUCAGUUUGACCGGCGAUUUCUACCUGCCUUGGGGCUGGAUGCUCGGGGGAGGUACUUGGUGAGCAAAGAGCACUUUGACACCGCCCACUCCAAGGAGCCUUUGAACAAAGAUUGUGUGGUACAAAUCAAUGGUGAUGACACUGACAGGAUGGAGUAAACAUGACAAACAGAAGCUCCGACUUGGACAGCAGGAGGGGUUCUUUGCACAUGGAUAUUUUGGUCAGGAGAUUCCAGCUAACUUUAUUUUCUGACAUGUAAAAUACUGUCAGAAACAGGUGGUCCUCUUGGUUCCCAUCACUAGUUCCACCUGUGCAUUUCAAUUUGAAGUCUGUGCAGCCUCUGCCUUUUUUCCUUACCUGAUUUACUUGGGUCACAGUUUGUCCAAACUGUGUUUAGAUGCAAAUAAAGAAGGUGCAGCAGAAGAAUAAAAUAUUGUCUGAAGUCGCAGACAAUAAAAUGCCUUAAUUUAGAUUGGACAUGUUAAUGCCACAUGGGUCACAUAUUACAUGUUUCACAUUUUCAUCAUCUGUUCUGACUUGAAUAAGAUACAGCCUUUAACAAAAUCAUUGAACUGCUUUUGGAUAUGUUCACCAGUGUUAAUAACAGCUGUUACCGGUUCAAAUAUAUUCACAAUGAGACAUUGUUCUAUUGAGAUUUAAAUACUUUAAAGAUAAAUAGAAUAUUUGUGGAAAUAAAUCUUUGUAGCUUUCACAGAGUUCCUGAAGGAAAACAUAAUCCCUCUUCCAGACGCAUUAAGAGAAGUGAGACACAUCUCCAACGUGGCAUGCAAAAUAAGAAUUCAUAGUGAAGAAGAAGCAAGACGACGGGAAUUAGUAAAAAAAGAAGCCAGUAUAGACACUAUAGCUACAUGUGAUGGCUGACAUGUCACACAGGCAGAGGGCACUGCAGGAUCUGAAUCAAGUUGGUGUGAAGUUGGCCCCUCUCCUACCUCAAAUUAAACAAUAUUAGUGCACAAUGCCGGAGCUGGUUUGUGCAGCACAUUGUUCUUGUUUGUGUCACCAGGAGGCAGGCAGAAAUGUGAAGGGGGCGUCAUUACACGGAUAUAUUAUGCUCCAUGGUAUUUAUUAACAUUGUUGACUUGUGUUUUCUUCAUGGGAUUGAGGUAAACUGUGCCCAACCCAGCAACAACAAAAACAUAUAAAUGUAUAAGACCCUGAUGAUUAAAGAUGCUUUUCAUCCAAGAUCGAACAACCAACAGCAUAACAUUUAUCUACUUGGAUGGUCACUAUGUUAUACAUAGUGACCAUUUUACUCUACUAUAUUUAUUACACACACACACGUAUUUUGUAUAUAUACUAUACUAUACUAAACUAUAUAUAUAUACUGUAUGUACUAUAUAUAGUAUAGUAUAUAUUAACAUCUUGGAUAUUGCAACUAAUAAGCAAUUUUCCUUGGAGAUCAAUAACGUAUAUUCUGUUCUAUUUUAUUAUAUUUAAAGAUAGAACAAAUUUUCCAGAGGUCAUCAUAGGUCAACAAGCCAGUCCACAUUCACAAAAUCAAAAGAAAUAUGGUGUCAAUCAUCUGAGCUCUGUUCAUGUUGGUUAGUGCAGCUAAAAUAUUUUAGCAGUUAACUGACACCCAAUUUACUUAUUUUUGUAAAUUUGGUGAAGGCUGGUUGACCUGCGAUGACCUCUGGAAACAUUUAGUAAUAUCUUUAACAUGAUUGUGGCACAAACAAAAUGUUUUGGUGCAUCAACGUUGCACAAACGUUUGACACCAAUUUCGUUUAAUUUGAAGAAGUUGGGGGGCAACGUCACCAUGGUAGCAAGACGCAAAAUUGUGCGAAGAUGUAAAGAUAUUUAUUCAUUUCUGCAAUUCUUCAGGUCAAAUUAUCUGACAGGUCAAAGUCAGAAAAACUGAGAAAGAAUGGGGUGUUUUUUUUUCUAAGCAACCAUCCAUUUAUUAGUUUCUUUCCUGUUUUUCUGAACAACUGCAGAUUUAAAAAACUUUGGAGACGUUUAGAAUCAUCACAGAUAAAUAUAUUUUGAGCUGUAUAUUAAAUGCAUUUCUUGUAUCCUCAGAUUUUAGUAGACUGUAAAGUAUUUUCAUGUAUAAUGUGUGUCCACAAAAAUUCUAUCUAAAACUAAGCUAAGCACAUGGGUCUCUGCAGAAGAUUUCUUAAUUAGCAUUAAGUGCAGUUAAAUAAUAUUUUAAAAAAACAAACAUUUGUUGGGCUGUCGUGAUUUCUAAGCAUGUAUUUGCAGGUUUGGAUCUGUAGGAAUUUCAGGUCAUCUAACUCCCAUUGUUCACAUAGUUACUUCCAAAUAAUUACUGCAUAAAUACCCUGAGUAUGUUUCUGAUCAUUUUGUCAAGUUUUAAUGUUCUUGAGCAUUAGUGUGAACUAUCAAGCCUCAAAAUCAGGCAAGGUAUUCACUUCAAAUGUCACAAACACAAGUCAGCUUUAAGCAUAACAUCACCACACCCAUGUCUAAAGUGAGGUUUCUAACAUAUGAGUGACCUUCAUAAUUACUAAUAGACAGUUAAUGAUUUAUUUGUAUAUGAUUGAUUUUAGCAGGUUAUUGUCUAAAAUUAUACAAAGAAAAAUAUUUUGUAUUACACUGAAUUUUUCUAAUGUUUUUGGAGAUUUAGCCUUGAAAAUAAGCAUAGUAUGUUAAAGUUGUAGUACGUAACUUAUACAUAUUUGUUGAAACUCUGCAUAUUGCGACAAUAUGAUAUGAGACAAAUAAUCUGAAAAAAGCUUCUCUGCUUUCUCCCAGUGCUAACUAGAAACAACCAAUCAGAGCCUGGAGGAGGGUCUUAGUGCUGUCAAUCACUCUACAUGCUGCGCUGCUUACCACUCCCUCGCUCUCUGCUAAGCUACAGUUUCUUCCUGAUAGCAGAGCCUGCUGUGAAUGCUCAUACUAGUUAGCAUGGCCACUGAUGACGGCAGAUAAAAAGUUUUUCUGUAACGCAAAGUUGUUUCUCCACUAUUAGUACAUUGUGCAGUGUACACAAGGGUGAUUGACAGCACUAAGACACUCCUCCCAGAUCUGAUUGUUUGUUGUUUUUGAUCAGGAGAGAUGCAUUAAGCCAGGUGGUAAUAGUAGCUCAGGGGGGAGGUGCAGGAGCUAUAUCUUAUGCUAUUUAUCUCAUAUUUUACUUUCAUAACAUAAUGAAAGUUUUAGCAAAUAUGCAAAAACAUAUUUUAUGAAAGUUACAAAUUGCAGUUUUACAGUAAAUUCCUUUAUAAUAAAUGUUGUAUUUACAUUAUUUGAUUACAAUCAGAUCAUUUUUUUCUAUAUUGUUUUCAAAGAGAUCAUUUAGACGCGUGUAAACAUCAUUGAACCUCAUGCUUUAGUGACUUUAUACACUGACUAUAAUGGGAAAUAAACUUUUUUUUAAACAAA